CCGCCCCAACAACAACAGCCGCAUUAACAACAACAGCCGCACCGAUAACAACAGCUCCCCCGAUUACAACGGCCGCACCGACAACAACGAUGGCACCGACAACGAUGGCACCGACAACAAUGGCGGCACUGAUAACAACAGCCCCAACAACAACGGCCGCACCUACAACAACUCCAGCGCCAACAACACCUGCAAUGAUUCCUGCACCAACAACAACUCCUGCGCUUACAGCAACUAUUGAAGCUCCCACAGUUGUGAUCCUCUCAACAGACAUCGAUGAACCAUAUUUAGAAGAACUCAAUAAUACAAGCAGCACGCAAUAUAUUGAUCUUGAGGCAAGAUUCAUAGAUGUGUGUAAUGGCAUCUUCAGUGCCAAAUAUGGCAACAGUUUCAACGUCUGUUAUGUGAUUGAAUUCAGCGAAUCUUCCAACACAUCCCGAGCGGGUCAGACUAAUGCAAAGUUCGGGGUUGUGUUCGCUCAAACUAAUUCGACUCAAGAAAUCCCAAAGGCUGCAGAUGUUGCAAAAACCUUAAUAGACGCUGUGUCUAACAGUACCUUUAACGUCACUUUUGUUGCCGCUUCCGUCACUGUACUUCAAACAACUGUAUUAAAUUCGACAACUACAUCCCCCAACAUUGCUGCAACUACAGCUGCCAGUGCUGCAACUACAGCUGCCAGUGCUGCAACUACAGCUGCCAGUGCUGCAACUACAGCUGCCAGUGCUGCAACUACAGAUGCCAGUGCUGCAACUACAGCUGCCAGUGCUGCAACUACAGCUGCCAGUGCUGCAACUACAGUUACCCCUACAACAAGGCUAUUGGUUACAUUCAGAUCUCAAGGAGAGACAUUUACAAGUGAUUUGCUGGUUCCAUCAUCUGCAACGUUUCAAAAUCGAUCCGCAUUGAUAGAGUCAACACUCAAACCUUUACUCAAAGAAGCCUUUCCUUCGUUCCACAAUAUUUCUGUGAUUUCAUUCAGCGAAGGAUCAAUCAUCCAAAACGUAGUCAUUGAAUUUUUAUCAACAUCUGCUCCUAAUGGCACUGAGAUUGGAAAGGUUUUUGCCGCUGCAUCUUGUAUCAUCAGAACCUUCAACAUUGACACAUUCUCCAUUUCUGUGGAUGGCACACUCUUUACACAGGUUUCAAGUGGAGUAAGCCACAACAUCAGUCUCAUCACUGCAUCCUUCCUUGUGCUGAUGUCAUGGAUCCUGUCAAGCCAGCAAUAGCAUCAUUGCUGAUUACCGUUUGAAUUGGCUUUAUUGCAUGACUGCCAUCACUGGCAUGAAAAAUUACUUCUUGAUUCUUGUCGAAGAAGUCUUGUACAGCGUCAUAUAUACUUACUAUCACAUUUUAUUUUGAAAUUACGGAACAUAUUUAUCACAGUGGAUUAGGUUGGCGUCAAUCUUAACACGUUUCUGGGUGGGAAUGUCCAGGAUCCUUCACCGAGCAGAACGACUCUUUUGUU